AACGCAGCAUACCAGCCUCCGUUGUUCAAGCAGCUCAUCCGCGCAAGACGACCAGAUAAUGCAGCCGCCCUCAUAGCUCGCCCGGACCUUUAUCUUGUAGAAAUCCGUGAGGGGCCGGAUCAAGAGUCAACCCAAAAUUAUUCUGGAAGGUCAAGCUUGCAUCCCUGGGUGUUCAUACGCUCUCCGGAGACUCAGCAGCAACCAUUAAAGUCCUACUCACCGCCGGUAGCCUUUCCCGUCUCUCUUUGUGAAAAUCUCUCAAAGCACCUUCUCUUGGCUCAAGUUCCGUUCACUGAAGCGGAGAGAAAUGAACUGAAUGAAAGUGGAAACUUCACCGAUAGUGGAGUGUACAAUGGCAGUGGAGACCCAGACUUAGAAGAUACUAAAAACCAUGGCAACAGUGUCGAUGGGGGGUUUGAUAAGUCAGAAACCCAACAACCAACGGGAGGUAGAACAGCACAAUUCAACCUAGACAUUCUUCCUCCCUUACGCGUUGUAUGCGAGGAAUCCAACUGCAGUGUGGAGGUUGUUCGCCUUCCUCCAAAGCUAGAGGAUCAACCAGAUCCGGAUGGUGUGAAUACUAUGCUUACUUUUCUAAAGACCGCCCCAUUGGACCCUCAUAGACAUGAGCCGAUGACCCCUUCUUUAGAUGGACAGGGACGCUUCCUUCGACCAUGGGAGACCGAAGCUAGCCUUGAACUACGUGGUGGUCUCCUGGGCCAAUUGAUUAAUCUGUUGUUCUAG